CGGGGCCUGCGACGCCUCGGGCGGCUCCCCGGACCUGCCGCAGACCCAGCGCGAAAUAGGAAAGCUCAGCCAUGACCACCCAUGUCACCCUGGAGGAUGCCCUGUCCAACGUGGACCUGCUGGAAGAGCUGCCUCUGCCUGACCAGCAGCCAUGCAUCGAGCCGCCACCUUCCUCCAUCAUGUACCAGGCGAACUUUGACACCAACUUCGAGGAUAGGAAUGCCUUUGUCACGGGCAUCGCAAGGUACAUCGAGCAGGCCACGGUGCACUCCAGCAUGAACGAAAUGCUGGAGGAAGGACAUGAGUACGCGGUCAUGCUGUACACCUGGCGCAGCUGUUCCCGAGCCAUCCCCCAGGUCAAGUGCAAUGAGCAGCCCAACCGUGUGGAGAUCUAUGAGAAGACAGUGGAGGUGCUGGAGCCUGAGGUCACCAAGCUCAUGAAGUUCAUGUACUUCCAGCGCAAGGCCAUCGAGCGCUUCUGCAGCGAGGUGAAGCGACUGUGCCAUGCCGAGCGCAGGAAGGACUUUGUGUCCGAGGCCUACCUGCUGACCUUGGGCAAGUUCAUCAACAUGUUCGCUGUCCUGGACGAGCUGAAGAACAUGAAGUGCAGCGUCAAGAAUGACCACUCUGCCUACAAGAGGGCAGCACAGUUCCUGAGGAAGAUGGCGGAUCCCCAGUCCAUCCAGGAGUCACAGAACCUGUCCAUGUUCUUGGCAAACCACAACAGAAUCACCCAGUGUCUCCAUCAGCAACUGGAAGUUAUCCCCGGCUACGAGGAGCUGCUGGCCGACAUCGUCAACAUCUGUGUGGAUUACUAUGAGAACAAGAUGUACCUGACCCCCAGUGAGAAGCACAUGCUCCUUAAGGUCAUGGGCUUUGGUCUCUACCUGAUGGAUGGAAACGUCAGUAACAUUUACAAACUGGACGCCAAGAAGAGAAUCAACCUCAGCAAAAUUGAUAAGUUCUUUAAGCAGCUGCAGGUGGUACCCCUCUUCGGCGACAUGCAGAUAGAGCUGGCCAGAUACAUUAAGACCAGUGCUCACUAUGAAGAGAACAAGUCCAAGUGGACGUGCACGCAGAGUAGCAUCAGCCCCCAGUACAACAUCUGCGAGCAGAUGGUGCAGAUCCGGGACGACCACAUCCGCUUCAUCUCUGAACUAGCACGCUACAGCAACAGUGAGGUGGUGACGGGCUCUGGGCUGGACAGCCAGAAGUCGGAUGAGGAGUACCGGGAGCUCUUCGACCUCGCCCUGCGGGGCCUGCAGCUGUUGUCCAAGUGGAGCGCCCACGUCAUGGAAGUGUACUCCUGGAAGCUGGUGCACCCCACAGACAAGUUCUGUAACAAGGAUUGCCCGGGCACAGCUGAGGAGUAUGAGAGAGCCACGCGCUACAACUACACCAGUGAGGAAAAGUUCGCCUUUGUGGAGGUGAUUGCCAUGAUCAAGGGGCUGCAAGUGCUCAUGGGCAGGAUGGAGAGUGUCUUUAACCAGGCCAUCAGGAACACCAUCUACGCAGCCCUGCAAGACUUUGCCCAGGCCACUCUGCGUGAGCCCCUGAGGCAGGCAGUGCGAAAGAAGAAGAAUGUUCUCAUAAGCGUCCUGCAGGCAAUACGGAAAACCAUCUGUGACUGGGAGGGGGGCCGGGAGCCCCCCAAUGACCCGUGUUUGAGAGGGGAGAAGGACCCCAAAGGCGGGUUUGACAUCAAGGUGCCCCGGCGUGCCGUGGGACCAUCCAGCACACAGGCCUGCCAGUGGUCCCCGCGGGCUUUGUUUCACCCCACUGGUGGCACACAGGGCCGAAGAGGCUGCCGAUCCCUGCUGUACAUGGUACGGACUAUGCUGGAAUCCCUCAUUGCCGAUAAGAGCGGCUCCAAGAAGACCCUGAGGAGCAGCCUGGAUGGCCCCAUCGUCCUGGCCAUCGAGGACUUCCACAAGCAGUCCUUCUUCUUCACGCAUCUGCUCAAUAUCAGUGAAGCCCUGCAGCAGUGUUGUGACCUCUCCCAGCUCUGGUUCCGAGAGUUCUUCCUGGAGUUAACCAUGGGCCGGCGGAUCCAGUUCCCCAUUGAGAUGUCCAUGCCCUGGAUUCUAACAGAUCACAUCCUGGAAACCAAAGAACCUUCCAUGAUGGAGUACGUGCUCUACCCUCUGGAUCUGUACAACGACAGCGCCUACUAUGCCCUGACCAAGUUCAAGAAGCAGUUUCUAUACGAUGAGAUCGAAGCAGAGGUGAACCUGUGUUUUGAUCAGUUUGUCUACAAGCUGGCGGACCAGAUCUUUGCUUACUACAAGGCCAUGGCCGGCAGUGUGCUAUUGGAUAAACGUUUUCGAGCUGAAUGUAAGAACUACGGGGUCAUCAUUCCGUACCCGCCAUCCAACCGCUAUGAAACGCUGUUGAAGCAGAGGCAUGUGCAGCUCUUGGGUCGAUCGAUUGACCUGAACAGACUCAUCACCCAGCGCAUCUCUGCCGCCAUGUACAAGUCCUUGGACCAGGCCAUCAGCCGCUUCGAGAGUGAGGACCUGACCUCCAUCGUGGAGCUGGAGUGGCUGCUGGAGAUCAACCGGCUGACACACCGGCUGCUGUGCAAGCACCUGACCCUGGACAGCUUCGACGCCAUGUUCCGUGAGGCCAACCAUAAUGUGUCUGCCCCCUAUGGACGCAUCACCCUGCACGUCUUCUGGGAGCUAAACUUCGACUUCCUCCCCAACUACUGCUACAAUGGCUCCACCAACCGUUUUGUCCGAACGGCCAUUCCUUUCACCCAAGAACCACAAAGAGAUAAGCCCGCCAACGUCCAGCCUUAUUACCUCUAUGGUUCCAAGCCUCUCAACAUCGCCUACAGCCACAUCUACAGCUCCUACAGGAACUUCGUGGGGCCCCCUCAUUUUAAGACCAUCUGCAGACUCCUGGGGUACCAGGGCAUUGCCGUGGUAAUGGAGGAGCUGCUGAAGAUUGUCAAGAGCCUGCUGCAAGGAACCAUCCUCCAGUAUGUGAAAACUCUGAUUGAGGUGAUGCCCAAGAUAUGCCGCUUACCCCGGCACGAGUAUGGCUCCCCAGGGAUACUGGAGUUCUUCCACCACCAGCUGAAGGACAUCAUUGAAUACGCUGAGCUCAAGACAGAUGUGUUCCAGAGCCUGAGGGAAGUAGGCAACGCCAUCCUCUUCUGCCUCCUCAUCGAGCAAGCUCUGUCUCAGGAGGAAGUCUGUGAUUUGCUACAUGCUGCGCCCUUCCAAAACAUCCUACCUAGAGUUUAUAUCAAAGAGGGGGAGCGCCUGGAAGUACGGAUGAAACGUCUGGAAGCCAAGUACGCCCCGCUUCACCUGGUUCCUCUGAUCGAGCGGCUCGGGACACCCCAGCAAAUCGCCAUCGCCCGGGAGGGCGACCUGCUGACCAAGGAGCGUCUGUGCUGCGGGCUGUCCAUGUUCGAGGUCAUCCUGACCCGCAUUCGGAGCUACCUGCAGGACCCCAUCUGGCGGGGGCCACCGCCCACCAAUGGCGUCAUGCAUGUGGACGAGUGUGUGGAGUUCCACCGGCUCUGGAGCGCCAUGCAGUUCGUCUAUUGCAUCCCUGUGGGCACCAAUGAGUUCACAGCUGAGCAGUGUUUCGGAGACGGCUUGAACUGGGCUGGCUGUUCCAUCAUCGUCCUGCUGGGUCAGCAGCGGCGCUUUGACCUGUUUGACUUCUGCUACCACCUGCUCAAAGUCCAGAGACAGGACGGGAAGGACGAAAUCAUCAAGAACGUGCCCCUGAAGAAGAUGGCAGACAGGAUCAGGAAGUACCAAAUCUUGAACAAUGAGGUGUUUGCCAUCCUGAACAAGUAUAUGAAGUCCGUGGAGACAGACAGUUCCACAGUGGAGCAUGUGCGCUGCUUCCAGCCACCCAUCCACCAGUCCCUGGCCACCACCUGCUAGCUGGCAGUGACCGGCUGCAGACCCUCAACCUGGAGCAGAAGAAAAGCAGGAGAGAGAAAUCCAAGGCCAGCCUGCAACAUGGUCCAAGUGGACAACAUGUGGGAUGGACCUGAAGCAAACAAGAACGUCCCCAACACAUUUACACCACUCCUAAGGGCUGGGCCUGUGCAUGCUCUCCAUGACAUCUCCAUGGUGGUUUUUCCAUAGUGUAAAUGAAAAAAAAAAAAAAAAGAAACAGGGAAGUAUGUGCUUUUUCUUUCUUUGUUCACUCUUCUAUGGUAAGAACCCUAGCUUUACCCUUUCAUCAUCUCACAGCCCUACCCUCAUCAGAAGUUGCUUCCUGAAACCUCCCCCCAAGAGGGCGACUUCCUACCCAAUGCCCAUGUGCGACCCCAAGACUGAAGUCUCAGAAAUCAAGAGAAGAGUGUGGCAGUGCCCUAAAGUGUCAGCCUGGCCUGACCGACAAGCCUCUGCUUACUGGCCUCAUACCUCCUCUGACUUGCUACCCCCAGUUCCAGAUACCAGGGAUUCUGCUCCAGAUGCCAGGGAUUCUACGGCAAGAGUACUCUUGGGCCGGCUACUGAGAUCCAUAGUAAAAAAAGCAUGAGGUUCCUGGUACUGGUGCCUUGGUAGAUGGUGUUGACUCUGGCCUUCUCUAGACGCCCCAGAUCACAUCCUAACACCGCUCUCAGGACACUCCCAGAAAGAACUCAGGAAUGCGCUCUCCCCGUGUCCCACUGAGUAGAAUCAGGGUGGGAAAGUGGUUGGUAUUUAUGAACACAGCCAGCAGUUCCAGAGCCCUAAACUGAAAGCUGUCUGAUACCUGGGCAGCUGGAUGGGGGAUGGGUCCUUGAUUCAUUAAACAGAUCUGGAACACCAAGUGCUCAGGGCGUGGACACUGGGGUGCAGCAUUGAACAGAGCAGGCACGUGUUGCUCAUGGUGUCUGCCAGACACCAAAUGAGGGACCCCUUCUUUGUAGACUCAUCAAGGAAAACUCCCAUGAGAAAGAAAUACAAAGAGGUUAUUUCAAGAGAAGCCAAAAUCAUCACAAGGUCGGGGGAGUAUAAAUAACACUUUUUUCUGAUAGCAAAGAAGGGUCCUGGUUUAGUGAAUCAGGACACUCGCUGUUGAGGAAGCUAAAAGAUUCCAGGGACAUUUUAUCUGUGGCUCUCAACUCCCUUCAUGUCCCUUAGCUGAGAGUUUGAGGUGGGUGUGGACCUCACCAAGACACAGCUACUCAUUUGCCAAGCUUGACCAUGGAGUCUCCCACAGAGCUAGGGGGUGCUGUGGAGAGGGACAGGAGCCUUUGGGAAGUUGUCGUCUGAUUCCUCACCACCUCAUCUUCAGGGGGAGUCUGUGAUCUUGAACUUGUAAGAACACAUAAAGACACUUGCUCUUUCUUCCUCAGACCAGGGAAGAGAGGAGACCAAACUAUAAUGAUUCUCUCCCUUAGGGCAGAAGAAUAGGAGUGGCUCCCUUAGUUAAUUGACCUAUUUUAAGCCCAUGGAAAGAGCCAAGGAGUGUCCACAGCAAGAGGUCUGGGUGAUACACUCACCCUCACCAGGGAGGAGAGGUGUGGCUCGCCAAGUAUGGUCCAGGGGCCACCUACGUCAGGCUUCCUGCAAUUAGCACCUGUGAUGAAGGUUGCUGGACCUCACCCUAAACCCUCUCAUCCUGCAUCUGGCAGUAGAGUGGAGAAAUCUUCACUUUCCACACAGUAUCUGAAUGAUUCAAAUGGAGGUCUGAGGACCCCUGCCAUAGAGGCCGUCUACACUGCUAACCUUGCCUCUGAGCUCCCUCUGAGCCACAAAAGGAAACCUUUGUUGGGAAGGAAAGUGGGUCAGUGUGGGAACAGGCAGAUCCUCCUGUCUGGAGCUGUCUCUUCCUAAUCUGAUUUCCUGUGUUUUCCUCUUGAUUCCCCAGAGGUAAAGAGAGGGGUGAUGUGAUAGAAGUAACUGGUAACACGCCUUCAUAAACCUCACAGUAUCUCCAAGCUCCUGAGCCUUCUGAAUCUUCAGUUCUGUGCAGGAGCAGUAGCUGGCUUGCUCCUACAGACAAAUGACUGGGUAUGAAGAUGUAGUGCUUAUUCCAUCUUCCUAACUGUGGCUUUUGUGGAGAUUUGGGUCAUCCAGUGGAUGGCAUUGCUCUUUCAACAGCCCACCCCACCCACUCUGCAUUUGUAUCCCUGAAUUGGACCCACUGGGUAGAAUCCCACUACUCUCAAGACUCAAGCUCAGUAAAUUGAGGGCUUCACCUUCAGGAUAGACAUCUCAUUGCCCCGACAUGCCAGCAGCAUUUAUUUAUAAACACCAAACAGGUUCCCUAUCUUUCCUCCCUGGUCUGACUGUGCCCCCCCCUUUUAACUUUUGUGUGUCUAAGAACCAGGAAAAAAAACUUAGGUUUUAAAGAGUUUUAAAAAAAUUCUGUUUCAGAAACUGUCAAAUGUACCAUAUUUGUAUUAAGAGUUGUUGGGGAUUUUUGUACAAUGAAUUUACAUUUAUUUAUGGUGACUUAUAUUUACGGUUGUGAUCAAAUCAUGAUGUUGAAUUCUUAAAUCAUAUUUGCUAUGCAGCUGAAGAUGAAUCAUAUUUUGCUUUGUAUUUUGGGGUACACAUUUGAGUUGAUACACAUUUCCAUCUCCAUUAAAACUGCUUCUGAACU